CCAGUCCUGGAAGGCGCAGAGGACGUGGAGUGGGGGAGGCUGCGUUCCUAUGUGCGAAGGGCCAGCCGGGCACGCAGUCCUCAGACCCUGGUCCUCACCCGGCAGGUCUCCACGGCACCUGCUGCGCCCUCCUCGCCGCUCCCCCAACCUCCAGCCUCCCCACCUCAGAAAACUACCAGUUAUCUCCCGCACCCCGGCGCGCCUUUCCCAGGAACGUGCGGAGGCGGGAGAAAGGGAAGACACGAAGGGGGUGGGGAUGUGGAGCGACCGUCCCAGCCUUCCCCGCCCGCCACCCCCACCCCAACUCGGCAGCCGUCACGUGGUGCCUGGAGUGGGAGGUUGGGAGAAAAGGCGAGACUUUUGUGGGUGUUCCGGAUCGCCAGUAGUUCCUUCAGUCUCAGCCGCCAACUCCGGAGGCGCGGUGCUCGGCCCGGGAGCGCGAGCGGGAGGAGCAGAGACCCGCAGCCGGGAGUCCGAGCGCGGGCGAUGCAGGCGCUGCGAGCGGCACCUGCGGCUCCUCUAAGCUACGACCGUCGUCUCCGCGGCAGCAGCGCGGGCCCCAGCAGCCUCGGCAGCCACAGCCGCUGCAGCCGGCGCAGCCUCCGCUACGGUCGCCUCCUCUGAUGCGCCUGCCCGCUCCGGGCCCCGGGACUCCGAGAGAAUGUGGGUCCUAGGCAUCGCGGCAACUUUUUGCGGAUUGUUCUUGCUUCCAGGCUUUGCGCUGCAAAUCCAGUGCUACCAGUGUGAAGAAUUCCAGCUGAACAACGACUGCUCCUCCCCUGAGUUCAUCGUGAAUUGCACGGUGAACGUUCAAGACAUGUGUCAGAAAGAAGUGAUGGAGCAAAGUGCCGGGAUCAUGUACCGCAAGUCCUGUGCAUCAUCAGCGGCCUGUCUCAUCGCUUCUGCCGGGUACCAGUCCUUCUGCUCCCCAGGGAAACUGAACUCAGUUUGCAUUAGCUGCUGCAACACCCCUCUUUGUAACGGGCCAAGGCCCAAGAAAAGGGGAAGUUCUGCCUCGGCCCUCAGGCCAGGGCUCCCCACCACCAUCCUGCUCCUCAAAUUAGCCCUCUUCUCGGCACACUGCUGAAGCUGAAGGAGAUGCCACGCCCUCCUGCAUUGUUCUUCCAGCCCUCGCCCCCACCCCCCCACCUCCCUGAGUUUCUUCUGGGUGUCCUUUUAUUCUGGGUAGGGAGCGGGAGUCCGUGUUCUCUUUUGUUCCUGUGCAAAUAAUUGAAAGAGCUCAGUGUAAAGCAUUCUGAAUAAAUUCAGUCUUACUGAAUUUUCAGUAUGUACUUGAAGGAAGGAGGUGGAGUGAAAGUUCACCCCCAUGUCUGUGUAACCAGAGUCAAGGCCAGGCUGGCAGAGUCAGUCCUUAGAAGUCACUGAGGUGGGCAUCUGCCUUUUAUAAAGCCUCCAGUGUCCAUUCCAUCCCUGAUGGGGGCAUAGUUUAUUAUUUUGAGACUGCAGAGUGAGGGUGACAGUUUCUUGGGGCUGGAGGGCCAGUUCCCACUCAAGGCUCCCUCGCUUGACAUUCAAACUUCAUGCUCCUGAAAACCAUUCUCUGCAGCAGAAUUGGCUGGUUUCGCGCCUGAGUUGGACUCUAGUGACUCGAGACUCAAUGGCUGGGACUUUGACUGGGGCUCGGCCUCGCUCUGAAAAGUGCUUAAGAAAACCUUGUUAGUUCUCCUUGCAGAGGACUGGCGCCGGGACGCGAAGAGCAGCGGGCGCUGCACAAAGCGGGCGCUGUCGGUGGUGGAGUGCGCGUGGACGCGCAGGCGCUUCUCGUGGUUGGCGUGCUGCAGCGACAGGCGGCAGCACAGCACCUGCACGAACACCCGCCGAAACUGCUGCGAGGACACCGUGUACAGGAGCGGGUUGAUGACCGAGCUGAGGUAGAAAAACGUCUCCGAGAAGGGGAGGAGGAUCAUGUACGCCCGGAAGUAGGACCUCGUCCAGUCGUGCUUGGGUUUGGCCGCAGCCAUGAUCCUCCGAAUCUGGUUGGGCAUCCAGCAUACGGCCAAUGUCACAACGAUCAGCCCUGGGCAGACGCGAGCAGGAGGGAGAGACAGAAAAGAGAGAAACACAGUAAAUAAAUAAAUAAAACCAUAAAAUAUUUAGCCCCUCUGUUCUGUGCUUACUGGCCAGGAAACGGUACCAAUUUUUCAGUGUUGGACUUGACAGCUUCUUUUGCCACAAGCGAGAGAAUUUAACACUGUUUCCAACCCGGGGGAGUUGGCUGUGUUAAAGAAAGACCAUUAAAUGCUUUAGACAGUGUAUUUAUACCGGUUGAUGUCUGUUAAUUUUAAAAAAAUGUUUUUAUUGGUGUGUGUUUGCAUAUCCAGAAAGCAGUUUAUGUUAUCCAUAAAUCUGGUCUUGUCUUUUUGUUUUAAAGAAAAAGAUGUAUACAUACAGUAUAGCUGCAUUAGAUAAAGCAGUGUUUGUAUUUUAAAGGAUGUCUGCACAAAGAAGACCUAGUGAUAUUUUUAAAUCAAAUGGAAGUAGUGUCCCUUUGGCAGCAAAGCAGCAUAUUUAAUGACACUGGUUUUGCAUUCAGUUUCAGGGGAAGCAAAAUCAGGAAUAGCCUGUCACCAAGAAUGUUUUUUGGACAUAAACAUGUUGCAUUCAGUUUCAGGGGAAGCAAAAUCAGGAAUAGCCUGUCAGUCACCAAGAAUGUUUUUUGGACAUAUACAUGCUAGGUAUGCACACCUAUAAUCAUGAUGCUCAUAUCUGCAACAGCACAUGUGUUUCUUUUCAGACACUUUUAGAUCCCUCAUGUGGGGAAAAAGAAUUAUUCAGAGAUGGCAAAUAAUAAAAAACUUCCUUCUAGUUCAGCCAGUAACAUAUUCCCUCCCUUUGCAGCACUGAGCUGUGCUGUCAACAGCCCAGAAGCAAUCAGGCCCUAGAGAAGAGACCACUCAAAGGCCCUUCUGUAGAUCAAAUGUUUACUGCAUGUACAUUUGUUUGCAUGCCCACAUAUUUGUAUUCCAACUUAAGUAACCACCAUCAGUUCUGCAAUUCUGACAGAGAUAAAGAUGCUACAUAGACCACAAACAACUGAAAUCACAGGUAUCAUGAGAGUUUAGUUACAGUGACAAAAGCAAAAAAGAAAAAAGGAAGAUCAGGGGAUCUGUGAAGCAUUUGCUCUCUCUUUUCGUAAGGAGCCAAGACACCCAGAGUAAAUUCCCCUGUAGAGAGCUGCUAUGUUAAAGCAGGAUUUGCAUUUUCAGAAAUGCUUGCUUCGUCUCCUACAUUUCAAUCGUAGUAAGAAACAUUUAUUCACGUUUUCAAUCCUCUGAUUUUCUAGAAACCCUAGGGAAGUGACAGUUGGCAGUGAAUGCUUCCCGCCUAUGACCCAUGGUAAAUAUUCUAUUAAUAAAUGGGGGCCAGACAUGGUGGUGCAUGCCUGAUAUCUCAGCACUUUGGGAGGCCAAGGCAGAAGGAUCACUUAAGCCUAGAAAUUUGAGACCCACCCUAGGCAACAUAGCGAGACCCCGUCACUACAACCAAAUAGAAAAACUUAGCCAGGCAUGGUGGUACAUACACACCUGUGGUCUCAGACACUUGGUGGGGCUGAGGUGGGAGGAUCACUUGAGCCCGAGAGGUCAAGGCUACAGUGAGACACGAAUGUGCCACUGCACUCCAGCCUGGCUGACAGAGUGAAACUGUCUCGAUAAACAAAUAAAUGCUCCAGGAAAAAACAGCCACAUUCACACAUCCAGAAUUGAGCCUCCUGUAUGCACUGGCCUGAGUAUUCCUUGCCCGCUGUUGUUGGAGGGGACCCUAGCUGUGUUCAAAUCCUCCACAAAUCCAUAUGUGAGCAAGGAAGGCCUUGGAAACUCUUCUCCUUUGUUAAUUUCCACAGGUUUCUCCUGUCAACUCCCAGCCUAAAACUUUGAAAUAUAAACCAAUUUGUUUAUUUUUUCCUUUGAGUUUGCUAUCCUGAGAACAUCCAGUAAAUCUAAAACUAAAAUAAGUGAACUAACAUACUGAUCUGAUCAAAGAAUGGUUAAAAAAAAUACCACCUUAAUUCAAGAGUUUAUUCUGAAUCACCUAGUUACAGAUGCUGGAUAGGAACAACAACAACAACAAAAA